UGCAAUUGUAAUAGAAUUUUUAUUUUCUAAUUGUUUAUUAAUUUUUUUAUCAAUUUACUGUUUUCUAACAAUUUUUACAAUGGACGAAAAACCUCGUAUGCUUGGUGCGUUAACCGUGUACAGGGAACGGGGGGCAUAUUUACGAAGAUUGGAGCAAUUUAAUAAAGCGAAAGCUUCUUAUGAUGAAGCGUACAACAGUGCUCCUGAAGAUGUGCGAUUGCUCAUCGGCCGCAGCCAAGUCUGCUCUGACGCCGUUCAACCUAUCCAGGCCUACACCGACGCUCAACUUGCAUUAAAAUUACAGCCACGAAAUAUGGUAGCUCGCAAUAUGCAAGCUCGGGCUAUGUAUACAAUGUCUGAUUUUGAAAGAUCUGUAGUUAUAAAUUAUCGUGGCUACAGACUUCGGCGGUACCCUCCCUACUUCAUCGAAGGCAUCAAUCAAGGCGUAGAAACAAUACAAGAUUGCAUAGGUGUAAAUGCUGGUAGGGUAAUGGUUGAUUUUUUGCCGAUAAUUAAGCGAUCAGCUAUAGCAGUAGUUGAUGAAGAUGAGCCCGAAAAACAGUCCCAUGUUUCUCGUAUACCACGUCAGGAAAAAAAACGCCCUGAAAGACGACUCGAGAAUACAGUCGGCUAAUUCUAAGGGUAGCAAGGAAUUAAAAAAAUUGGUUCAAUACACGCUGCAAACAU